AUGGCUGCAGCAUGGUUCCUGGUGAUGGUGGCCUCGGGCCUGGGCUUGGCCACAGCAGGUCCUGUCCCCACCUCCAAGCCUCACUCAACAGGGAGGGGCUGUGACAUUGGCAAGUUCGAAUAUCUGCCACCAACGGAGUGGAAGGCCUUCAAGAAAGCCAAGGAUGCCUUGGAAAACUCACUGGAAAAUCAGAGCUGCAGUUCCUGCCUCUUCCCCAGAUCCUGGACACUGACACAACUACAUGUGUGGGAGCACCCUGUGGCCUUGGAGGCUGAGCUGGCCUUAACAGUGGGGGUCCUGGAGACUGUGGCUGACUCAUCCCUAGAGGACAUCCUGGACCAGCCCCUUCACACACUGCACUGUAUCCUCUCUGAGGUCCAGGCCUGUGUUUCAGCUCUGCCCACCUCAGGCUCUAGGCCCCUCCUCCAGCACUGGCUGAACCAGCUCCAGAGAACCCCAAAGAAGGUGUCCCAAGAGUGCCUUGAAGCCACUGUCACAUUCAACCUCUUCCGCCUCCUCAAACAGGACUUGAAUUAUAUCACCAGGGGAGGAGAUCUGUGCAUCUGGGAGCCCAAAUCCAGACACACUGCCUCCAACACACCGAGCACAGUCCUGUCUCACAGCCUUCGCACGCGCUAUUUCCAUCACCAGGAAUGCCGUCCCCUGGCUCUUCCCACAGUGGAUUUCUUCAGCUCCAACAUCACUUUUGGACCCGCCCCCACUAAUCUAAAGUAG